UAUCAGCUGCCUUUUCCUGUUAGCUAACGCUGAGCUCUCAUGUUGGGCUGUUAGCAUUGUCACACUUGGAUACGUUUACUUAUUUUACAGAACUGUUUAGGAAAUAAUAAUAAUCAGAAUAAGUAUGGCGGAGGCCAUUCAAAAGAAAAUGAAACUGGAAAUAGAAAAGUAUACACAAAUCCAGAAAGAUGUUAGCAAGAGCAUGUCAGCCAGACAGAAGCUGGAGACGCAGCGGACGGAAAACAACAUUGUCAAAGAGGAGCUCGAUCUGCUGGACAGCUCAAACACCGUUUAUAAGCUUAUUGGGCCUGUCUUAGUGAAGCAAGACUUAGAUGAGGCCAAAUCCACAGUCGCAAAAAGAUUGGAGUACAUCAGUGGUGAAAUUCAAAGAUACGAGACACUCCUGAAAGACAUGGAGAAGAAAUCUGACGAGCAUCGAGAGGUUUUAACUAGUUUACAGCAGGAGUUCCAGAAAGCUCAAGGCCAGACUGGUGGAAAAUUCUGAUCAGGCAACCAGAUCGCCUUCACACAUUCAAAGUCGAUGACAUGAUGUAAACCUGCUCCCUGAUUCUGCCUGUAUCUUGUCAUUAAUUUACAGCGUUAUUACUGUGACUUUUUGCAACUAAUAAACAUGUUUUUUUU